GUCAAAUGUGAAAACGUAGAAAACAGACAGCAUGGAGACCGAGCGAAGGGGAUUGAGUGCAGGCACUGCCAAAACAUCGAAAAAAGGUGGGAAAAAAGUAAGAGCACUGACCGCCGAAGAAGAAGCCAGAAGGAGAGAGCUGGUGAAGGAGAAGCUGAGGGAGAAAUUGGAGUUGGAGAAAAGAGCCCUGAAGGUGGUGGAGCGUCUGUUGGAGGACAGUGUGGCUGAAGACUUCCUGGUUGACUGUGCAAGACUCAUUGCUCCGGCUAAUUAUAAAGAUGUCGUGGAGGAGAGAUCCAUCGCUAAACUAUGCGGAUAUCCCAUAUGUCCAAAUAAACUGGGCAAGGUCCCAUCUCAGCAGUUCAAAAUUUGUACCAAAACUAACAAGGUUUAUGACAUCACAGAACGCAAGUGUUUUUGCAGUAACUUCUGCUACAAAGCAUCAAAAGAGUUUGAGCUACAAAUAUCAAAAACACCCCUUUGGCUCAGGCAGCAUGAGAGUCCUGCAGAGAUUAAGUUGAUGAAGAAAGGAGAUAGUGGGAGUUCUGGUGAGGAGGUGCUGCUGUCAGAGCGGCCUCUACAAGAGGCAGACAUCGAGAACCCGCAGGCGGCUCAACCUGAGAAUCAUCCCAGCUCUCAGCAGCGUCCCAAUGCUGACAGCCUAAACCACAGUGAGAGCAGUGACACUGAGCAGGAGCAGGACUUUGUUUCCAGUGUUGUUUCCCAACGGCAGGGACCCAGAGUGCACUGGGGCGACCUGCCAAAACGUAAUGAUAAGGAUACAAAAGGAGAAAGAGGAAAGUUGGGGAGGCAAAGGAAACAAAAGAAGACAGAGGAUGAAGCAGAGACGGAGAGUAAGAAUGCAGAAAGGGUGAAACAGCCACAUUUAUUAGACAGAGACAAAUUGAGUGAAAACCAGGAGGAAAAAUUGCAAGUGGAUGCUAAGGUGGAGGAAGCCACAAAUAAGAUGAGUUCAUGCAGUGUAUCUGACUCAGCCCCUCACACUGCUCCCUUGACUGUUGACUCAAAAGUUGCGCAUGCAGAAAACCCACCUCUCCUCAAUUCUGCAGCAAGUAUUGAGUUAAACCAACCACCAGAAAGCAAAAAUUCUCCUUCUCUUAGUCUAAAUGGCACAAAUUCAAACAACCAAAGCACUGCACUGACAGAACAACCAGGCCUAAACAUCACUCAGGUUGGCAUGAGUAAAAGAGGAGCAGCAGGGCUAAGAGAUCUGCUCACCGCUGAAGCCAAACCUGAAUCCAUCCGCCUGAACCUCCUGGAGUGUCUGAAGAGAACACUGAAGGAGUGGAGCACUGAUGAGACCCUGAAAUUUCUAUACGGUGAUGAUCAUUCACUGGGUCCUCCUUUCUUUGAUGUUAAAGACAAAGAAGAAGAUGAGGAGGAGCUAGAUGAAGAUGAUCUAGAUGAUGAGGUGACCAGAGAAGAUGUAGGAGUCGAUCCUGAGGAGCAGAAGAGACCAUCUGCUGCUGCUCCGGAUUAUAAGACACUGAGGAAGGAGAGUCAGCAGAUGGUGCUGAGAGUCAGGGAAUUUUAUAAGGGGACCUGGAUCCUGCCUGAGGAGGAAAAUAAGCCAGACAGAGACAAGGACCAGAGCAGGAAGGAUCCAGCUCUGCCACUUGUUGACUCACGGGCUCAGCACCUCAUCCAGAAAAAAAUCACAGUAGAGAAACUGAACAGCUGUCUGAAAAACAUUGUUGGUCCGUUGCAUCUCACCAUGAGUGACAUCUCCACUGACCUGAACAACCUGGUCAGAACAUUUAGGUUCACCAACACAAAUAUCAUUCACAAAACUCCGAUGUGGACCCUCAUCGCUGUUGUGCUCCUCCAUCUGUUGUGUGAGGUGUCUGUGGUGGUGCGUGAAGCAUUAAAGAAGCCAGCAUCCGUUGACUAUCUGAACACGCUGAUGGAAGAGCUCGGCCUUCAGAAGCAGGACCUCCUGGACUUAGUCCGAAUGUUUAAAACCCCUGCACACUGACACAUAUAAACAUUCAAAAAUGGGCAUUUAAACAACAAACACUCAGGAUCUCAGACUGAGUUCAACAAACCUGACUAUUUUUGUUUCCCACAAAUAAAACCAGUAAGUUAAACAGAAA